UUAAAUUAGCGGUCUUUUUUGGACGGUCCGCUAGUUUUAAAAUGAGAUUGACUGAUCGACAUCACAACAUUCUAGAGUACAUGUGAGUCCUAAUACACUCCAUUCUGUGGGUUUGAGACAUGGGGUUAUGAUGAUUUUAAUGGUCCCGAUCACCGGUUUAGGUUCUCAUCGACGUCCUCACACAUCUUUCCUUACCUUUCCUUCUCUAUGCAGGCUGAGUCCUGAUCAGUCUUUCGUCGACGUCCUCCGUGCAUCAUUCCUUCUGUUUCCUCCCCUCUCCAAGCAGCCCCACUCCCGAUCAUUACAGUUUUUCGUCGAUUUCUCCGCAUGGUCCUGCGUUUCCUUCCCCAUACAGCCCCAGUCCCGAUCAUUACAGUUUUUUUGUCGAUUGCUCCACAUAUUAUUAUUUUUUACAUUUCCUUCCCCAGAUCCAAUCAAUACAGUUUUUCAUCGAUUCCUCCACACGCACCUCCUUCUUGCCCUUUCCUUCUUUUCAUUCCCCAUACCGCUCCAGUCCCGAUCAGCACAGUCAUUCACCGACGUCCUCCACGUGUUCUUCCUUCCAUUCCUAUUUCCUUACCCAUCAGUCCCGAUCAUUUCUUUGUCGACGCAGCGACGUCCUUCAACGUUCUCCAUAUGUCUGUCCUCCCCUUUGCUUCCUCAUACGGCCUUGACCUUUAACUCCGCACCCAACCUCCACUUCGCUGAUCGCCGACGAUGCCACGACGACACCAACACCACUCGCUACCCACUUGUAGGCGCCUGCAUAAGUAGAAAGUUUCCUAAUCGGGUGUACUAAUCUCAGUUGAUAUAUCCGCUUCUUUUGUCUACUUACCGCCUCUUACCACCUCGUUCCUGAGAAAACAACUUUCGACAAGUGACUC